AUGGACAACCAAACCUACAUGUCAGGGUUUCUGCUUCUGGAAUUUUCCAAUAUUCGGGAACUGCAGAUUCUUCACUUCCUUCUGUUUCUCGUAUUGUAUCUGGCAAUAGUUUCAGCAAACCUGCUCAUAAUCUCUGCAGUGAAAUUUGACCAACGCCUUCAUACCCCUAUGUAUUUUUUUCUGAUGAACCUGGCCAUACUUGACAUUGGACAAGUCUCAGUCUUCAUGCCCAAAUCCAUGGCCAAUUCCCUGAUGAAUACUAGACACAUAUCUUAUACUGGAUGUGUUAUGCAAGUUUUUUUCCUGAUAUUCUUAAUGGGUGCAGAUUUCUUUCUCCUCACAGUUAUGGCAUAUGAUCGAUAUGUUGCUAUUUGCAAUCCUUUACACUAUGAAAUAGUGAUCAACAGGCAAGCCUGUGUCCAAAUGGUUACCACUGUAUGGAUCAGUGCAUUUUUCAAUGGGGUUUUACAUGCUGGGGGCACGUUUGCAGCCCCAUUCUGUUCGAAUGUUGUUGAUCAGUUCUUCUGUGAAAUCCCACGGUUACUUAAGCUAUCCUGCUCUAAAGUAUUUGUGAUUGAAGCUGGGACUGUAAUAUUCAGUUGUAGUAUUGUGUUGGGUUGCUUUAUCUUCAUCUUUGUAACUUAUGUGCAGAUCUUCACUGCAGUGCUGAGAAUCCCUUCUGUCCAGGGCAGGCAAAAGGCCUUUGCAACUUGCCUCCCCCACCUCACUGUCAUCUUGUCAUCAUUAUUUUCUGGAUUCUUUGCUUACCUGUGGCCUAUUUUAAACACCUCAUCCCAUGCGGACUUUGCAAUUACUAUCAUAUAUUCCGUGGUUCCACCCAUGCUGAAUCCAGUAUUGUACAGCAUGAGAAACAAAGAGAUCAAGGCUGCUUUAUCAAAGCAGUUAGGCUUUAGCUACUCUACAGGAAGCAUAUUCUCGAGUGUUCUUCUGUGA